GGAACUGUUGCCAAAACAUCUUAGUGGUGGACGUUCUCGCUUGGGUGCAUUCCUCGUUCCUGGAGGCCGACCACCAGCGCCCUCUGAUCUACGCGCUGGAUUACGGCCGCGCGUUCCCGAGCUUGUCUCAGAAGUUCGUGCUCUUCGUUUUUCAGAAGAUGGGAUGUCCAGUUCCGCUGAUCAAUUUCGCGAUGGUCCUGUAUGGCAGCAUCGACGGGGCCCCCAAGAAUGACAUCAACCGCGCCCGUGGCGACGACUUGGGCGGAGCCUUGUCGGACAUGCGUCUUUUGCGGCAGUUGCGGAGAGUGAUGAAGGUCGGCGAGACCACCGCUCACAUGUGCCUGAAGCCCGCGAAGUGCGUGCUGACCCCAGUCUCUGGCCCCGUGACUCCCGAGCUCAAGACGCGCGUCCAGGAUUUCCUGGGGAUGUUCAUCCCCGAGUGGCCCCAGUUCCGCGUCGAGUCGAAACUCUUCUACCUGGGGAUGUGGAUGGGCCCUGCCGCCGAGCUUGAAGAUUCCUGGUCUCUCCCUCGUGCUAAGUGCAAAGGCCGCGCUGCUGCGAUCGGCGCGGGAAACGCUCCAGCAUCUUCCUCGGCGGUGCUGCACGCUGCCCGCCGCGUCCCUGCGUUGAGCGACGAGAUGCAGUUUUUGCCGCUGCCGCCGCAGAUGAAGGAGCAG